ACUUGCAUCGUGUAUUUGCACCAGGUUGCAACUAGUGCCCAUAUCUCCUCUCUCUCUCCUGCCGGGGUCCAGACUACGGUCGGCAAGUGUGUACUUUAAUAAAAUAUAAUCGCGUGCCGUGCAACGGUUCUUCUCAUUCCUCGUUGGCCAGGAGUAGCUGUAAAACUAAACUGAUAGCCGGAUACUUGGCAGUUGGUUGUCAACGGUCGGACGGUUGUGGUGCCUCUUUCGAGAUACGGAUCGGUGCGGUACAUAAGUGUAUCCCAGGUGAAGAACUCUAAGAUCAAAAUCGGGAACAUGCGGCUGGUGACGGGAAGACGGGUUCUGUGGGCGGGAGUUAUUCUGUUGAGUGGACUCGCGUCGGUUAAUUGUGAGAUGCGAAAGUCAUGGAAAGUGAAAACUAGCGACACGGGAGACAGUUUGCCGUCCGCGGUAUUGACGCCUCCGGAACCGGAUGAAUUCGAGCGAGUUUCGGCAAAGAUGCCUAGGUUUGAACGGGAACCGGUAGCACAGGAGGCUAAAGUCGAGGAGUUUGAUGCUGUGACGUUGGAAAAGAAUAGUGAAGAACCGAAACGGGAAGAGUUAACCGAAACGGCGACAGAGGUUAAGGCCGCGGCAAGAAAUGUUCCAGUCAAGAACAGAUUGCGAAGUACAUAUGUGGCGAACAGGACUCCAUCGGUGUACAAUUCAAUCAGAGAAAGUGUCAAAGCUGCUCCGUUUAUAGAAGAUCACGAAUCCGAGAUUCAGAUUGAUGAUUUUUCCGCGGAUGAAAUUGACGAAGAUGAGUAUGAUCUAGGCUUGGAGGAUAAUCAGGUGGAACAGAAAGACGAAAAGGGAUACGAAGAAGGAUACAAAAUGAUCGAGGACAUUCUGGAAGAAGUCAAGAGUUCAGCGUCCGAUCAGAAACCGGGUGAAGAUAAAGAAUUGCAUAACGAGGAGGAAGCCUCUAAAAUGGAAGAAACGAAAAACUACGAUUUUGGACCGGUGCUCAAUAUGACAAUUGACGAACCAAACAACAUCGUAAACGUAAAGUUGAACGAGAAAGUGUUGAAGGAUAUCUUCACAGGUCGUCAACGUGGUGGUGGAGGCGGUAAAAAGCUGUGGAAAUACGCCAUGCCCCUCUUCAUUCUGCCGUUCCUGAUCCAGUCGGCGAUCAUUCCGUUCAUGCUGACGACGGUGAAACUGUUCCUGUUCAAAUCGUUCAUGGCCGGCAAGCUGGCCAUCUUCCUGCUGCUGUUGGGGGCGUUCAAGAACUUCACCAACAAAAAGGACCGGGAGGUGUACGUGAAGGAUUUGCCCGAGCGGAGGUACGAACCGUACAACGAGUGGCCUUAUCCGUACCAUUCGGAGGGGAAGGGUCCCGGGUGGGAUCACUGAAAGUGGCGAGGAAGGGAUUGGUGAUGGGGCAAGGGGAGAACUCAUCUGAUGCGAUAACAAAUGAUCGAUCGAAAUGAUGAUAGUUUGUAAGAUAUAUUUAUUAAAAUGUUGAUUGUAUAAGUUAAUGCGAAUGCUUAUUUAUUUUAAAUCUAAGGAAAGUCGAGAAAUGUAUGCCUGAAAUCCUUGAAUAAUUUUGAAUGAUAAAUGCAUGUAAUAGUACCAUAAGAUAUUAAAUGUAUUCUUAUGCGAACAAUAAAAUAAAAUAAUCAUAUCUCUAAACAUUAAUUUUUAUCCGACGGUUUCUAUCACACCAGCAGAAAACAAUAAACGUACUCUAUCCCCAAACAGACAGAUAGAUUUAAGGUGAAACAGCUUAGAAUCAAAAUUCAAUAAUGUACCAAAACUUUGAAGGCACAAACCUCGUGAAAGAUGCAUCAAACUAGAGUGCAAUUUCUAUUUAAGCUUUGUGCACUA